UGUGUGAAUGCGCUCAGAUUAAAGGGACUAUUUCCCCGGACCAGCUGUCUACCAGCACGGACACAACAAAGGACCCAGGAUGGUGUUGGUACACGUUGGAUAUUUAGUUCUCCCCGUCUUCGGCUCGGUUAGAAACAGAGGCUCACAGCUGUCCCGACACCAACAAAGUCAUGCCCCUUCUUGCCGACACAUCCACCUUGGGGCCCCGCAGGCGGCCGUCUCUGCCGAGUUCCCCCUGGGACAUGGCGGCCAGCCCCGCCUGACGGCGGCGCUUGCCCCCCACCUGCCCCCGGUGCACCACCAGACCCUCGCCACCUUGACGGCCGCGUCAGUACCGCCACCUCCACCCCCUCCUCCGGCCACAUUCCAGGAUGCGUCCGGGCCCUCCUUCCUACCUCAGGCUUUACAGCAGCAAUACCUCCUCCAGCAGCAGCAGCUACUGGACACCCAGGACCGCCGGACCCUCCCCCACUACAGAAGAGCCCAAGAGCGAGUUCCUCUGAUCCAUCAGCGUUUACGCCCCGGCUAUGAGUACGCCCCAGGGCUCCAUGUUCCUCAGCCAGUGGGCCAGCAGCCACGCUACCUUGCUGAGGGCACAGACUGGGAUCUGAGCGUAGACGCCGGCCUCUCGGCCCACCAUCAGUACCAGCUCCAGCAGCUUCCACAGCACUAUCAGCACUACCUGGCCACUCCCAGAAUGCACCACUUCACCAGGAACUCAACUUCUGCACAAGUGGUGGUGCAUGAGAUCCGGAGUUACCCGUACCCCCAGCUCCACCUUCUGGCUCUGCAGGGCCUCAACCCUUCACGCCACGCCACUGCUGUGCGGGAGAGCUAUGAGGAACUGUUGCAGCUGGAGGACCGCCUGGGUAGUUUGAGCAGAGGAGCAAUGCAUACAACCAUCGAGAGAUUCACCUUCCCACACAAAUACAAGAAGAGGAAGCCUCUAGAAUGGAAGAUGGGAGAGGAGGAUGUGGAGGAGAAGGAGACAGAUGUGGAUGAGAAGUGCACAAUCUGCUUGUCCAUGCUGGAAGAGGCUGAGGAUGUUAGGCGGCUCCCCUGCAUGCAUCUCUUCCACCAGGGCUGUGUGGACCAGUGGCUGGCCACCAGCAGGAAGUGUCCCAUCUGCAGAGUGGACAUUGAGACACAGCUGCACCCCGGAAGCUGAUAAGCAUGAGGCUCAACAUCUACAGUACAUGCCGGCUAAACACCCCGAGAUCGACUUCCACCCCUUGCAGGGUCCCCCCCCCCCCCCCCCCACAUACACACACACUUUCCCCACCUUAUGGGUGCUUUGCCAAAUGUGUCCAGACCUUCACGUGACUUAAACCCCCACCCACUGACUCACGCGUUACUGAGCCAAGCCACGAUUACUAACUGCACAAGUGCGUGUGUGUGUGUGUGUGUGUGUGUACGCACGCGCGUGUGUGUCUGUUUGUGUGUGUGUGUACGCGCGUGUGUGUCUUUGUGUGUGUGUACGCGCGCGUGUGUGUGGGGGGGGACAGACUGACUCUAAUGUACCCAGGGUUAACUCCUAGCUUGCUGGAUGUUGGUGGUGUGUUCUUGUAGUCUAGGUAGCCUGGGCGGUGUAGCAUGUUCCUUAAGCCAUGGUCCAAUUCCAACAAAUUGAAGGAAAAACUAGUACUUCUACUCACUGCUGUCUACUUUAUACUUGUUGGAUUCCUUGGAUUUCUUUAUUUCCCUAAAUGUAUUCAGUCAAAAUGUGUAUUCGGCCACCCAAGGAAUAGGAAACGCCCCUCUGCCAUACGUCGCCUCAUGGUUCAUUUGUGGUUGUGUGGUGGUGGUGGUGUGGCGUUGCCCAUAUAGUUGUAUCCGGUAGUCCUAUGCUUUGUUGGAGGAACAAACCAACACACUGUUUCUACGUUUUGCAAUACAACCGUACGUGUAUCUUGUAACCCAAAGGGUCAUGUGACAUAACCGCUGUGAAGCGCGUGUGUGUGUGUGUGUGUGUGUGCGCGUGUGUGUGUGUGUGUGUUAGAGGCUAAGAUAAACAUUAGAAAAGUCUGUUACCCAAAUAUUUUUUUGUAUUAUGGUGUAGCUUGACCUGAUGCUCAGGUUAAAUGAGUGCUCUUCCCAUGUUGUGCGAUUUUCAUAAAUGUUUUUGUGGGUGAGUGUGAGAGAGAGAUUUGAGUGUUUCAAGACUUCAAUCACAAAGAGUUUACUUUAGUUAGACUACAAACAUGGCCGCUGAAGUGUUUAUACAAUUCAAAGCCAAAUAAGGGAAACCAUGAAAAAAUAAUAAAAGUGCAAAUAUCCUCCAUGUAGGGCCUGGCCUGGCCCCGUCACACCCUUCAGCGAGGUGUAGGGGGAUGUAGGUAGAGCUGCAAUGAACUGCCUUGGUACAGUUCUGGCACGCAUUCUCUGGUUCAAGCAGUGUGCUGGACUGCAUGUUAUCUGUUGUUGACAUGGUGGUGAUCUUUGUGUUUUUCGUUUUCAAAGGAACGCUACAGACUAAUCUGAGCAUGACAGUUUCUGAGCUGUGACUAUCUUAUCGACAAAAAAAAUGGAAAAAAUUAAUGUGCACGAGGUAGGUGGCCGUGUUCAAACAGAACUUGUAGCUUGUGUUCAUUCACGUCUACUGUCGGUAGCAGCGAUGGAAACCCACUGAUGUUAACCUUUAUUGCCUAUCAAUAACAAGCACAUGUGAUUAUAAAUAUAGCAAAGAACCGUUUUCUUUUCCUACGUAUUGCAUUGGAGGAUGGUAUAAGUAUUGUUAGGUAGAGAGGAACGUGCAGAAGGAAACAGUGACACGCUCUGGGUUUAUUGUGCUGUGUUCUGUAGCAGGGCUCCCCUCGUUAUGGUCGUCAUGCUGGUUGCUAUGCUGUAACGCUAGGAAAAAAAUGUAUAGAAUGUGUGACGGAGGUAGAGGUCUCUUUACAGUGCACACAGAAGGAAAUGGCAAAACAAAAAGCUCCUUCACAUGCAUGGUUAAAUAUGAACAUGCUUAUUUGUCAUCUAUUUGGAUGAAGUAAACCUCUAGUGUUCCUUCUUCAGCACGGUAACCACCGUGGGCAUAAAGUUAGAAGGAGGAUCUGGGAUUUCCCCCCCCCAUCCCAGACCCUUUAAAGCUUUGUGGACAAAGGAGGUUUAGAUUAGCGCUGAUUACGGCGGGCAUAUGUCCUCCUGUCCGGUGCACUGCCAUGGACACCGCCUCCUCGCGGUCGAGUCAGUGGGGAAGUUUUGUUAGUUUACACAGGGUGUUAUCAGUUGAGAUGCCUUAAGUAUUUAACAAUCAUAAUUUAUUACUAAUUGUAGAUAUGUACGUCAUUUUAUAACGUUAUUUCUUUUGUGGGGGCUGGGUGGUUUAAUCAUUAUUUAUUUAUAUAGAAAUAACUCAAAAUGAUUUGGGACAAAAAAAAACGUAUACCUCAUUUUUGCAAUGAUUUUAAAUGGGAAUGCUUUGCAUGCAGUUGUACUUUGAAAAUGGAAAACAAAAAAAGCCCUGCUUUUUUGCCUCCGUAAGCUGGCUGUGCAUUGUUUAAUGUGCUCGGCUGCCUUCUUUCUUUUCUCUAUCGUGUGGCCCUCCCUCUCUUUCUGUCUCUCUCUCUCUCUCUCCUCACUGGUGCUGUGGCUCUUGGUAACAUUCCCUUCAAUGCAAUCUCUGAUCCCCUAUGCUAUGGCCUCGUGGACUAACUGAAACGGAGGGAGAAGUGAAUGCUUUGGGAUUUCUUUGUUUCUUUGUAUUUUUUGUUCAUGCUUUUUCCUGAUCUGCUGUUUUAAUAUGGGAACCCUCUCACUGGCAUCAUGCAAUUCCAACAUAGUUUAAUAUUAUCUGCAUAUUCUCUGCCUCUCUAGCUAAUGCACGAACCUGAAGCGACAAUCCCUCUGCGAUCUCAUGCUUACUGCUGAUUUCAAUCCUUAUUUAGUAUUUCUACUAUUUCUCUCCAUGCACAACAACUGCAGCAAUGUAAGGGCCUCACUCUGUGUUUCUAUAUCCAUAUUAUCAUUAAAAAAAAACAUAUUCCCCAAAGAAAACAAAACAGUCCUUCAUUUGAAUGAUUCAAUUCCCUUCAAACUAUAUUGAUUAAGAAUAUGUAAGACCAGAGGGGCAAGUUUACCUGUAAUCUCAUACUUAAAAAACAUUUACUUAUUAAUGUAUUUCUCAUUUGAAUUAUAAAUAUUCAGAAUCCUCUCAUAUAUAUCAUGAAACUCGGGUGACGACACAGGAUUUCAAAGCACAACCUUUCUAAAAAUGCAUGUUCUUCUCAGGUUAUAAUAUAGUCUAAAUGGUAUUGUAUAUGGUGGAAAAUACAUACAAAGAAUAAAACUAUUGAAUACAUUUUUGCUGCUGCUUCAAAUCCGAAGAACUAAAUGGACGGAUAAUAUCCCCAUAAAAAGUGCCAGUGAAAGGGCUGCCAGCAUCUGUGUAUGAAAUCUGUUUAGCUGAGACUGCGCAAUGUUUUUCAAUAUAUAUUUAUCAUUAAUAUUUACUAUUUAUCAUUAAUAUUAAAGCAAUAGCUCAAUACGGAUGAUUGUGUUGAUGAAGUAAUGGAUGAGCAUAUUAUGGGUAAAUGUUACAAUUCAUUUGGUGGAAUUUUGUAAUUUAUUUAUUACUACUAAUAAUAAUGAUUUUGAAGUUGCAUUGCUAAAUCCAAACUCUUCUGAUUUGUUUUUAUAUUUGUUUUACUUCAUUGCUUAUAUAUUUUCCUUUUGUAUGUGCCCUUUUUUGUAAUAAACUGGAUAAAAUGUA